CCGAGGGAAGACGUACGUCGUAUACCAUCUAAGGAGAACAGAUCUUAAGAGUAUCCUUGUUAGAAAUCCAGCAUUUCUUUCUUCAGUGAGAGUGUCCUCGUGACAGUUGAUCGUUCUUGUACUUCCCUCGGCAACGAGUCGUGCGAGAUCUCCCACUCGACAUGGAAACGCAAAGCGAGAAGCGAAAGGCGCAGCGCGAGUUUUGAAGAAAUCGAGAAAAAGGCAGAUAUAGAUAAGUAGGUGAAGAUGCUUCACGGCGCUCUGCCGAGGGCCUUCCUGGCCCCGGGUCUUAAUUACAUGAGCUACUACAGCGAAGAGAUUCAUCCUACUUACGCUGCGCCGCCAACCACGUGGCAUAUUCCGAUGGAAGAUCCAUCCUCGCCGAUUUACUCCCGGAUCCCGCCAGCCGAACAUCAUACGUCAUUGUCCUGGGAGUCCUCGAGGUCCUCGACGCCGUGUCCUUUGGAUCUAUCCUUGAAGCCGCCACCGACACCGAAUACUCCGAAGACAGAAGAAAUGAUUGAAGUGGGCGAUGAAAAAGAUCUCGGAAUUCGCGGGGAAGUCCAGACUCAUCCCGAAGAUCGCGGAGAUAGUGAAGAGGAUCAACAGCUGGUUGUGGACGAUCUGGACACUUUAAGAAGCUCUUCAGCACAGAGUCAUCAUAGCCACUAUGAACGAUUGGUCCUUAAUAAAGAAUCAUCUCGCUUCCACGACUCGAUUGUUGAUAAGCUCCAUCAUCUUCCCGAAGAUAGUACUCGAUUGCCGCCGUAUCCUGGAAGUGAGCUCACUUCAAAAUACCAUUUGCAUAAUCAGAAGCUCCUUUUGGCAAGUCCGACACACUUACAAUCGAUGCAGAGCUAUCAUCAGCAGCUACUUUUAACACCGCAGCAACAUCUUCAGAGUGUGCACGCGCCUAUGACCCCGCCUAGCACACCGUCACCGCCUCAAUGUCCCAGGAGAAGAGUCCGGGAGGAAGAUCUUGUUUCGCCGUCCUCGGGACCACCUACCACCGGCGCCUCUUUGUCGACCCCGAAGCAGACCAGCAACGAGAAGACCGCCGUCCAGAGACCCAAGAAAAAACACGCCAGGCGGCUUAAAUUCGACGAGGACACCAGCAGCCCGGUAUCGGGCACCGUCAUCUUGGGCCCAGACGAGGCGGUGGUGACCGGCGACAUCGAUCCCGCCUUCAACAUCGUUGAGGUCACGGAGGAGGCGCGCGCCGAGCUGGCCAAGAUCGAAAAUCGGCUCGGACCGUAUCAGUGCAAGCUUUGUCGGCAACUUCACGAGGACGCCUUCCAGCUGGCGCAACAUCGAUGCUCCCGAAUCGCCCACGUGGAGUAUCGUUGUCCUGAGUGCGACAAGCGGUUUUCCUGCCCGGCCAAUUUGGCGUCCCAUCGACGCUGGCAUAAACCCAGGCUACCCAACACUGACAGUUCCGCGACGUCGUCAUCCACGUCGUCGUCGGGAAACAACGCUGAGAUCCCGUGCACCAGGUGCGAGGCCAAGUUCACGAGGCAAGCUGCUCUGCGUAAACAUCUCGCCACUCAACACCCUGAAACUAACAACGUCAGCAGCGGCAAUAAUAACAACACCGGGGUCGAUGGCCAAGAAACGACCGGCAAAGCAGACAUCGCCCAGACAGUCCCGACUAAUCAGUUGACCAGCGAGAUGACCUGACACCAAUUUCCGGCGAGACCCCUGCCGAGACGACCCGGGCUUUACUGGAGAUUCGGCCUUGACUUGACCUUUCAUGGGGAUCACAAUAAAGUUCCUCAAUGAGAGAAGAAAUAAGAAAAAGAAAACCAACACUUGAUGAAAGAGAAAGAGCAUUAUUGUUAUUGUUGCUAAAAAGGGGGACAUUUAAUCUUUACUUACUAUUAUCGUUUUAU